AUGUUCCAGAGAGCAAACGAGUCCUUGAAGGACUAUAUCUCCAGAUUUAGACGCGAGGUAAGCAACAUCGAGGAUCCCUCCGACGAAAGUGUCCUGAUCGCGAACAAAGAAUCCAAAAAAGGGAAAGGAGAAGGCCUCUUCAAGUCAUCUCCGCGGUUCAUUGUGUGGCCCCGUGUGUGUGCGCGCGCGUGUGAAACCGAAAACUCCAUCCGCACUAAUCACGGAGCAUCCAACACGUGUACACACUCUGACAUAGUGAUCGUACCGGGGGUGCGCACUGCACCCACGGCGCACCAACCCACCCCCAUAAACCCCCCCACUCUCUCUCUCUCUCUCUGUACAGCCUCCCAUCCGUCUCCUCCCAUCUCCUUACAUAUAACCCCCCACUUCCGCUCACAAGCCGUUCAGGAAACUUCCAUUAUUUACUCUCUCUCGCUCCCUCUCUUCUCUACUGUUCUAUCUCUUUGUCUCUCUUCGCCAAUGGGGAUCUUGAUCUUCGCUUUGCUGGCCAUUUGGGCCGCCGGAGGAGUGGAGUCGGCGACGCGGCAUAUGGCGCCGGCGCCGGCGCCGUCGGUGGACUGCUCCACGGUGAUUCUGAGCAUGGCGGACUGUCUGUCGUACGUGAGCAGCGGGAGCACCAAGAAGAAGCCGGAGGGGACGUGCUGUUCGGGGCUGAAGACGGUGCUGAAGUCCGAGGCCGAGUGCCUCUGCGAGGCCUUCAAGAACAGCGCCCAGUACGGCAUCAAUUUGAAUGUCACCAAGGCCAUGUCUCUCCCCACCGCCUGCCAUGUCUCCGCUCCUUCGAUCAAGAACUGUGGACUGAGCCUUGUUCCUGGGGGCGCUCCAGCUUCUUCGCCAGAGGCGGCCCCAUCUCCGAGCGCAAUCUCUGCCAUGCCGACUGUCGCUGAAGGGCCAACUGGAACGGCGCCAGCACUGUCACCGGGAAGCUCCGAUUCCACUGUUCUUGCUUCAUCCGCCGGAUUUCUUGUGCUGGCUAUGGUGGCGGCGUCUCUCACUUCCAUUUGAGGUGCCGAAACCUAAAGCUUCGGUUUUGAGAUGGAUGCCUUUCACUGGAAGACUGCCAUUGCAGAGCAACAUGACAUAAUAUCUUAUUAUUGUUAAGAGAUUUUGAGCUGUGGAUGAGAGAGUAGAUAUCAUUCAUUUUGUUUGGCUGUGUGUUGAAACCAUAUCCGACUGUUGGCUUCCUAAUCCCAUCUAUAUUGCUAUAUUACUAGCUAUAUGUCAUCUCCAGUUAGAGAUGAAUGAUCAUUGCGACUUCUUCUA